AUGACCGGAACCCCUGCACCUGUAGGAGGGGCUAGCGCUGGAUACGGAGGGCCCCAGCAGCAUCGAUCUUACGAGGAACGAGCUGUCGCACGAGAACAAAUGAUGAGCAACAUUCGGGACAGUUCCCAGCAGGACCGCCGGGUCUACGUUGGAAACCUUUCCUAUGAUGUUAAAUGGCAUCAUCUCAAGGAUUUUAUGAGACAGGGUGGGCUUCUACGCGUAGUUUUAUGGCUGGUCUUGUUUUCGUGGCCUCUUUUUUUUCCCUCCGGUCUUGCUGGAAUUGUUGGGUUGACGGGUUGGGCGCGUGUCCACGGGUACUUAAUUGUGGAAUAUGCGACCAGGGAGCAAGCCCAGAAUGCCGUGGCAACGCUCAGCAACCAAAACCUCAUGGGUCGACUCAUUUACGUCCGCGAAGAUCGCGAGGCAGAGCCCCGGUUCAUCGGCUCAACGCCCAAUCGCGCUGGGUUCCAGGCUCCAGGUGCUAUGGGCCCUGGAGCAUUUCCUGCUCCUGGCGGAUACAAUGCGGGAGGUAGCAGACAGAUUUUUGUCGCUAAUCUUCCUUAUACCGUUGGCUGGCAAGACCUGAAGGACCUCUUUAGACAAGCAGCCCGUAACGGUGCAGUCAUUCGAGCCGAUGUUCAUAUUGGACCGGACGGUCGACCCAAAGGAACCGGAGUUGUCAUGUUUGAAAGCCCGGACGAUGCGCGGAACGCCAUUCAGCAGUUCAACGGUUACGAUUGGCAGGGUCGUCUCUUGGAGGUCCGUGAAGAUAGGUACGCUGGCAUGGGGGCUCCCAUGGGCGGCUUUGGUGGUCGCGGGGGCUUCGGCGGCGGGAUGCGAGGCGGUUUCGGAGCCGGCUUUGGACGAGGCGGUUUCGGGGCUGCACGGGGCGGCUUCGGCGGCGGGGGUUUCGCUGGACGCGGUGGCUUUUCUGGAGGAUUCGAGGCUAGCGCUGGCGCUUCCGUGCCGCCCAAUCCUUUUACGGACUUCGCCACUGCGGGCACCGAGAGAAACGAGACGAUCUAUGUUCGAAAUCUCCCCUGGUCUACCAGCAACGAGGACCUUGUGGAACUCUUUACCACUAUCGGUAAGGUUGAGCAGGCUGAGAUCCAGUACGAGCCCAGCGGUCGAUCCCGCGGGACCGGUGUUGUCCGAUUUGACUCGGCCGAUACUGCGGAUACGGCUAUUCAGAAAUUCCAGGGUUAUCAGUAUGGCGGUCGUCCGCUUGGGUUGAGCUUUGUUAGAUAUCUGAACGCCCCAGGAACCGGAGGCGACAGCAUGGAGACGGAUGCUCAUGCUGGCUUGACGCAAGACCAGAUCAUGUAA